AUGACAACGUCACAAGGGAUUCGGGCGCUGUCUCCUUCCGAUCUCGAGGCCAACACGUCGUCAGAGAGGCUGCCGGUGUCCUGUCGCGUCAUUUCUACCUCUGUCGAGGGCGAGGGAACGGGAAGACGGAAGGGGGAGUCUUACAGGGUAUGUGUUCCCAACUUCUCUACAAACAUUUUGAUGCGCGACGCCCAAGUGCGAACGGGACGAGUAAGUGAUGCGCGCAGCUACUGCAGCACCACCGUCUCCACAUCGGCCUCCUAUGCGCGGAGUGGCGCCUCUUCUUCUCCGAGCUCUCCCGAAUGCGAGGGGCAAAUCCCUCGUUUCUCUGAGUCCCCGUACCCUCGUCAAACGACACGCAAGACCGGGCAUGCAGACAGAGCAAACUUCUCUUCUGAAGGAGAGAAUCGGGAGGAAGGUGAGGGCGCAGGGCGCCUUUCGCUGAACGGCGUCGAGCGUUCGGUUCCGGUGGUCAACGGCGCGCUCCCGGAACCCGGCAACGAGGAGCGAGGUGACGAAGACACGGCUCGAAAGGCGGGAGAAGGAAGCGCAGAAGACGGAGCGAAAGGAAAGGCAGGUUUCCGCAGAGAUGCAAAGAGAGACGUCAAGGUCGGCCCGAAGGCAAACGAGUCAGGAUGGACAAACGCACAAAACGUGCCGGAGAUGUCUCUUGGUUCUGAGAGAGGCGACGCUGCUGGGGAAGCCUGGCGGCGGAAGGCAAGCGGCGAAGGUGAGGAGAACGGAGGGGGGAAGGCGGCGGGAUCAGUUGACUCUCCGCGUUGGAAGGCUCUGAAGACGCCAGCAAUCGUGGCAGCUCUGCCGGAGCCGACUGGAGCCGGUCGAGCUCUCUUCUGCUCAGUCUUGGAGCGACGAAUGGGCUCGCGACAUCGCCGCGACCCCACGUACCCUCGCGACUGCCUGGGCCCGGUCCCUCGACCUGCCCCGGCCAGUUGCCCCUCGCCGCGUUUGUCGUUGCUCGCGCAUCUCUCGUCGCCGAGGCGUUUGGAGGCGAACGGGAGCCUGUCUCCGAGGAAACCCUCGCCCGUUUCCCAGAACGAAAAGCGGUCUUCGCCCAAUGUUGCUGCUCGCCUCGGUGGAAAAAGAAGCAGGCACGCAGCGCCUCUCGACGCGCUCUCUAUCGCAGAUAUUUCCGGGGCCAUCGCCUCCUCCCUGGCAGCGUGCGAGUUCGCCGAACAGACCUCGCGGGCGUCUGCGGCUGUUUUGGAGCGCGCGAGGCCUCUCCUGUGCCACCCUUCUUCGCCCUCCCCCCGCGUUGCCGAAGGCCUGCACGCUCGCGAGCGGUUGCGCGUGUGGGCAGCGCUUGCGGAAGGGACCGGUGAGGGUGAGAGGCAGAGACUGAGGUCGCAGGGCGGAGAAGCGGAGAUUGGGGCUGCGGGCCAGGGUGCACCAGGAGCACGUGAGAAUGGAGGGGACCUGCUCGACAGCGAUGGGCUCGGAGGCGCGGGAGUCGGCGCAAGAACAGGUGAUCCGGAAGCAACGGCAGGCACGGGCGUCGAGACGCCGCGGGGCGAGACAGGACACGAGAGAGAAAACGAGGGCGUUCACGGGGCGUGCGGGGGCUUGCCGGACCCCACGGAGGAAGUGUGUGUUCAUCCGAAAGAGACGAGCGAAGUGGAGAACGAGACGGAGGUGACCGUUCCAUGUGCAGGCCGAGAGAGAUUGUCGGCCUGCCGCGGCGUUUCUCUGCGAGGAACGAUAAACUCGGGUCGUGACGAAAGAGGGGAUUCGAGUCCUCGGUUGUGGGAGACGUCUCCGACACAAACAGUGUUCUCUUCGGUGGGGAUGGCGCCCCCUUCAUCUCCGAGCCGCUUCUUUUCCUCGCUUUCGCGACGCGCAACGACGCCGCUGUGUCUGUACACCGCCGCCUUGCCGUCUGCUUUCCUUCAUGGUCAGCGAAUGAGCGCGACAUUUUGGAUUUCUGAGGCGCUUGUUGGGGCGACGCGCCGGGACAGGGGCGACAGACCAGCGGAAGAGCAGGAACAAGAAAGGCUCGCAGAGGAAUGGCUAGCGCCGGGGCUGAGGGACCUUGCUGAAGUGUUGUGGGAAGAACUCAACACGACAGACGACGAGACAGACGAGACAGAUCAACAGGACGGGCCGAAGGUGGACUGGGAGGAAGAUCCGGCGGGCGUCCUGGCUUCAAGCCGGUCUUUGACGAACGCAGUCGACGAUCGGAUAAGCGUUGUGCGUUCGCGUUCUGGACGGAGGCGUCUCGCUGAGAGCGCGACAUGCCGCGUUAAAACGUCUAGGCCAUUGCGGAAGGGGCAGAAGGGCCAACACCCUCGGGUGUACAUACAAACUUUGGCGGAGGGUCUCGACUCUCUGGAAGAUCUCGUUCACCACAGCAAACUUAUGGCAUUCAAGUUUCUGCAUGCUUACCUCGUUUCGAAUCCCCUGCCUGCUGUACCAGCUCCAGCGCAGCCUCGUCCAGGUGGCCGUGGGACACUGCAACAGGCUGACGGUUCAGGAGUUUGUUCGGCUUUGCCUCUCUCCGGGCGAACUUCUGAUGCACUGGCUCGUCUCCCCUCUUCCCGGUGGCCCACUCGCAGCCGCGCGGAAGGCGGUCCGCAGCCCCGUGCGUCCCGGGGAGGGAUGUUUGAUCAGAAACGAAGGGGCAGUGAGGCUGAUCCGGAAUGCGAGAGAGCGACGGACGCGAUGGCCGAUUCUGCCUACGCGUUCCGCGACCCUGCACUGCCUACUCUGCUCUCUGGACCAGGCCCGAAGGCCUGGGGGACCGACUGGCAGGAGGGACAAGAGACUGUCGCCCACGUGAAGAGAGGGAACGAAGAGGAAGGCCAUGCGGACGACAGAAGCUCUCGCACGACAGACAUCCUAGCAUCCAACUGGGCACGCGCGUACGGCCGGAAGGACCAGGAAACGUGGCCUUUUCCGCGACAAAUGGAGCGAGAAGCGAACGAGGGCGCGGAUGAAGAACGUGACCCGGACAAUGCCGGAGGGGCGCGAACUGGCUUUGCACUCCAGACCAUGGCAGACUUCUACCUCUCGGUGGCGUAUCUUCUGGGUCAACUGCUCAAGCGCGAACGGGAAGAGAAAGACUUCUACAAGACCGAAGUGGCUUUGGUUCGCGAGCGGCUGCGAGAUGUCGAGGCGCGCGCCGUGGAGGCGGCAGCUGAAGCGCAGAAGCAAUUGGAAGAAGAAGAAAACCAAGCAAAACAACUCACAGAGCAACUUGCAAAGCAGGUGUGUUACCUCUUGGCCAGUGCUGACCUUCGGCGAGCGGUAGAAGAGCGAGAGGCGCUGAGACGAACGUUGCACGACGAGCAGAGGAAACUGAGACUCCACCACGAGGCCGAGGUGGACAUGCUGAAUAAGCAGUAUGCGUCACUCCUCAGAGAUUAUCAGAAACGCGGCCAUCAGCUGGACCGGCUUCAGGCGCAAGCGAGAGAACGGUCUCGUCAUGCCCACAGCGCGGAAAGGGAAACAUCUCACCCUCUCCCGGCGCUGGCUGGGGGGAGCACCGCGCGAGAUGCCGCUGUGCCGGGUGGUGGCGGUCCGCCUGACGUCAGCCAGAAAUACGUAGAGCUGAAGCCGCAGUUUCUCUCUCACAUGGAAAGCGGCGGGGGUGCCUUCGCUUGGAAGAGAAGAGACUCGGUGUCGAGCCGAAGAAUGCUCCUCAUUGCUGCAGCAACUGAGGGCAUCGGGACACUCUCUCGUAGGGGACGCUUCUCGAGUCUAGGUGCGCCAGCGGCAACAGCGUCGGCGAGAGGGGCGAGCGGCGAGAGCACUGGGGACGAACGCGAGACAGAUGGACUCGGCAGCACGUACCCUGGCGAUUGGCAUUCUUUUCGAAACGGAUGGAACCUCUGGCAAGAAGCGGAUGCCUUCACGGCAGGGGAACAAGAGACACGGACACCGUGCAAGCAGCCUUACGUAGGCGAGUCCGGUCGCGGCGGGAUUCGGCCGCGCAAACAGUGUUCACUCGAGGAAGAACUCCUCGCUGCGGUGUCUGUGAACCAAUGGCAAGACUCGACUCCACUGCCUCGGAUAUCUCAAUGUCGCUCCGAGAGGAGCGAGAGCAGAGCUGAGCUGUUAGAUGCAGACGCAUCUUUGAACACCCCGCUAGUUGACGCCCCACUUGUCGAUGCAGCCAAGCCUUCAGACAGGGUGGAUGCAAGCAAGGAUGGCCAUACAGGAAACCCAGCAUUGGAAGACGGGGUGUUUGACAAUUGCGGCGUCCUUACGCGGUAUCGUCACGAAGGACUGGAGCUCGUCGCUGUCCAGAGGACACGAGGUCUUUUCGCCGGUGCUCUCUAUGGCAUCUUUGCCUUCCUUCUGUUGCUGCUGGUGGACCACAUCUUCCUCGGUGGGUGUCUAUCUAGUGCUGCGCUACGAUGCGGAGAAUGGGGCUUGCUGCUCCUCCUCUCAGGGACUCAAGAAAUGCAGCGGCUUGUCCGUCAGCGCGACCAAGUGGAACGGUAUACAAUGCCGUUGCUCUGGGGCGGAGAGACUCUGUUGCUGUCGUUGCUUGCGCUCGUGAGGGCGUGCGCAGCGCCAGGGGACGACGCUGCCGUUGUGUCGUAUACGGAAAUGUUCUCUAACCAGUUCUACACCGCUUCUGCUGGUCAACAGGUUCCGCCAUCGGAUGUGGUGCCUUACGCCGGUUUCGGCGGUCAGUAUUGUUUACGCGAGACUUUGAUGGAGCAUCCGUCAGGUCAGACGCAACCUGUGCAACCAUGA